AUGUUUUGGGCAUUCUUUUUGUACUUGCUGGCUGCCUUUGCAAUACAAGUUCCCUUGAGGGAAAGGUCGCUGAUAGGAUUCCAUAAGGAGAUUACUCAGAUUGAUUCCGAGGUUGGGAACGAAUACGACGUGGUGCACUAUUUGGCUGAUUAUCUUUCUGCCCACGGAUUGACCGUUGAGUUGCAGCUUGUAGAAGAGGGCCGCGAGAACGUUUAUGCCUAUCUAGGAAGGCAAAGAGAUAAUAAGGUGCUGCUCACCUCUCAUAUAGACACUAAUCCUGCUGGAAAAAUUCCGUACCAUCUUGAAGGGGAAGAAAUCCAUGUGCGUGGAGCCUGCGACGCCAAAGGGAGCGUUGCAUCCCAGGUGUUUGCUUUUUUGGAGCUCUGGGAGGAGAAGAUCAUUAGUGAAGGUGACUUGGCUCUUUUGUUUGUUGUGGGAGAAGAAUACAACGGUAUAGGCUCUUUCACCGCCGUCAGCUACCUCAACGCUUCGUGGUCAAACGCAGUCAUUGUUGGGGAACCAACAGAAAAUAAGCUAAGCGUUGGACACAAAGGAAAUUUUCGUUUUGACGUCAACGCUGUUGGCGUCUCGUGUCACUCAGGAUAUCCGGAACAGGGAUUUAGUGCUGUUGAGUACCUAAUGAAUAGAAUCGAGCGCCUACUGCAGCAGGAGUUCCCUUAUUCUACUCUUUUAGGACCAACAACAGUCAAUAUUGGCAAGUUCAGUGGCGGGGUGGCGGCUAAUCUACUUGCACCAUCCGCAAAGGCAGAAAUCUACAUACGGGUGGCAGAAAACAUUGAGCUGGUUAAUCAGACUGUGAGCAGGAUAUUUUCUACUGCUCACUCAAACUACUCAAUAGUUCAGAUGCUGGAACCUCAGUACUUGGACCACGACGUUCCGGGCUUUGAAUUAGUCGCGUGCUCCUAUGCUACUGAUAUUCCCUAUUUCAAAGGUAAGACUGCCAAACGCUAUUUGUACGGGCCCGGCUCUAUUCUUGUCGCCCAUAGUGCCGCUGAGUACAUUCUGCCUGGAGAUUUGUAUGAGGCUGUUCGCGGAUACAAGUCCAUUGUGAAGUAUAAUAUAUAA